AUGGGCAGUGUCUCCGAGGUAGAAGUCAUGAAGCCCGCCCUCAACGUUCCCGUUGAUUCACAAGCCUCGCUGCUUCGCGACAGGACAGUGCGGCAGGGCGCGGUGCCAGGGCUUCGACUCAAUACCGUCCAGCACCGCCAACGAAUUUCUACUGCCGAUCAGAUAGAUUUUCGCGUCAAGUUGCUCCGCAGCCUCCGCCUCAAGUGGGAGAAAGACGACACCGAGGCCAAGUUUUUGAACUUAGUUGAUAUGAUUGAAUCAGACGGUUGCGCCCUAUUUGGCGGCCUGAUCGACCCGACCAUCUUCGAGAAACUUGUAGCAAAGUACGACAAGGUCCAGUCACGAUCGGGCAACAAUGCUUUCAUGCACUCAUAUGUCAACCUCGCAACUGAGCAUGAUUUCUUCCUGGGGGGCAACUAUAUUGAGGCAUUUAGCCAUCCGCUGCUCAUUGCCCUUGUCUCCUACCUUCUUGGGGGGUCUAUCCGCAUCGUGGAUUUCAGAGGGAAAGAUAACGAUCCCAUGUCGAUCAAUGCCCAGGACAAUAUGCUUCAUGUCGACAACACACCUUUCAAGGAGGAGUACAAAGUUUUGCUGAACUGGCGCCGAGGGCAAGUGAAAGGUCCCUCAGGUCAAAACUUCACAUUUUUGCCGUGGACUCACAAGGGCAACCGAGACGUUCUUGUAGAUGAGGAGGGACUGCCCUGGUCUACAGAGAGAGAUAGUCUUUUCGUAAGUCAUGAUGCCAUUGAUGGACUCUUGAACUUUCAAACGGAAAUCAAAGGCAUCUCUCGUGUCGUCGAGGCGAAGCAUCCCGAGCAGCCAUUGGCAGUUCUCUUUCCAGCAGGAGCCCUGGUGCACCAUCGCUAUCGUACCACGGAGGGUGAUCCAAGAAGCUGCAUCAUUGUAGCUUUUCAUCUGUCGAGCAAACAUCCAGGCCAAAUUUCGGAACUGCCGCCAAUUUCCGGUCGGAAGAAAACUCUGAUUGAAUUCCUGGUCGGGUAUCAGGACGAACAUUCAAACGAAGAGCUAUUGUCUUUACUGUUGAGCGAAUCCCCACACAUUGAGGAAAAGAUCCAGGAGCUAUUCCAUCCAUCCCAUCCGAGUAAACUCAUUGAUAUCGCACCCCUUGCUCUGAAGGGCGAGAGUCUGACACAAUGGCGCAAUGCCGUUGUAGGUGCGCCAAGUCCCAUAACGCACAAAUUCAAUAACAAUCUUCGCCUGUCUGGCGCAGACUUCAGCGACCUGGACGCCCUCACCGAAAGACUAGCAGCCAUUAUGGACUACGACAAGCAUUGCAACCUGCAGAUGAUUCUUUACGAAGACGGCCGCGAGGAAAUCCGAAAACCAGGUCGCAAGAUCAUCGGCGAGAUGAAGAAGGAUGCUAUUAGGGCUCGCUUGCACGCUUGGACACCUGAGCUGCGCUCAGGCUCAUUUUCAGCGCACGACUUGGUUGAGCCGAGGACUCUGAGGAUAAUGUGCGAUGCAAUGGCCGCACUGGGAAAACACUUAGCUCAAAAUGUUGAUACUGGAGUGAAAGGCAAACCCUCGGAACGUGUGGUCGGCCAAAAGAAAAUAUUCAUGUCUCUAAGCCGCCUUAUGGUGGAUCUGGGAGAAGCCAUUGUGAGGUGUGAAGGCGUGGAGGCUUUCGUCGUGACCAGCUUAUUCCUUUUCUUGACGUCGGAAGAGAUUUACUCGAAUCUAUGUGAGUCGGACCAAGUUGCUAUCCGCUCCAUGUUGGUGGUGUUCCUAAGGAAUUAUGUGGCUACCAUUCUGCUUGUGGAGGCAACCGUAUCUUCUUGA